AUGUUCGACAUCCGAGCGUCCUGUGAGGCCUUGGGGCUGUUUAGAGAUCGUUUGGGAGAACAAGCUGGUGACCACGGUAGCCAGACUACCUGCGCUGUGAUCUGUGUGAUCUUCCCUGGAAAAAACGCCACAGGAGACGUGGAAGACGUGCCGGAGUGCUUGUUCGCCGUAAAGCUUACCUGGGGUCCUCGGACGUGCCUUACUCUUGUCUCCUCUGCGGUGGGGGCUGCGGUCAUCCCGCUGUUUGUGACUGCCGAGGCGUGGUGCUCCGUGGGCGAGUACCGAGCCGGGAGAUCCAGUGUCGCUAAUUUCCUGCCGUUUGGGGAUGGAGACGUAGUAAACCCCAUUUUGGAUGAUGGAAGCUCUGAAGCCAUUUUCUUGCAGCAGCCCUUCAAAUACUUUGGACGCGUAUACAAUCAGAUCUAUGUGAACAACAAUGGUCACUUGACAUUUACUCAACCACUAUCUGUCUACGUCCCUUAUCUGAACGCUGGAAUAGACAUCAUUGCUCCUCUAUGGACUGACCUUAACAAUGUAAAUGGUGGAACAAUCUCCUAUAGAGAGGAUACAAGCAGUGCUGUACUGGCACAAGUCACUGAAGCUGUUCACCAAUAUUUCCCUAACGUGCCUUUUACCGCUUCAUCAGCCUUUGUGGCUACCUGGGAAAGUGUGCCGUACUACACGGGUGGAGGGUCGGCUACUUUCCAACUGGUUUUAGUCUCCAAUGGUGAACGCUCUUUCAUCCUGAUCAACUAUGGUGAUAUUGCAGAAACAGGACAAGUUUGGCUGGCUGGUUAUGACACAGUGGACUCUGUCACUUCUUUCACAAUUCCAGCGGCCAGUGCCCCAGAACUCUCAUCCAGCAGUAAUAUCAAUGUGGAUGGUCGCUGGUCUUUCCGUGUUGAUAGAUCGGUAUACUCUAAUUUCCUGCCGUUUGGGGAUGGAGACGUAGUAAACCCCAUUUCGGAUGAUGGAAGCUCUGAAGCCAUUUUCUUGCAGCAGCCUUUCAAAUACUUUGGACGUGUAUACAAUCAGAUCUAUGUGAACAACAAUGGUCACUUGACAUUUACUCAACCACUAUCUGCCUACGUCCCUUAUCUGAACACUGGAAUAGACAUCAUUGCUCCUCUAUGGACUGACCUUAACAAUGUAAAUGGUGGAACAAUCUCCUAUAGAGAGGAUACAAGCAGUGCUGUACUGGCACAAGUCACUGAAGCUGUUCACCAAUAUUUCCCUAACGUGCCUUUUACCGCUUCAUCAGCCUUUGUGGCUACCUGGGAAAGUGUGCCGUACUACACGGGUGGAGGGUCGGUCACGUUCCAAGUGGUUUUAGCCUCCAAUGGGGAACGGUCUUUCAUCCUGAUCAACUAUGGUGAUAUUGCAGAAACAGGACAAAUUUGGCUGGCUGGUUAUGACACAGUGGACUCUGUCAAUUCUUUCACAAUUCCAGUGGCCAGUGCCCCAGAACUCUCAUCCAGCAGUAAUAUCAAUGUGGAAGGUCGCUGGUCUUUCCAUGUUGAUAGAUCGGCAUACUCUAAUUUCCUGCCGUUUGGGGAUGGAGACGUAGUAAACCCCAUUUCGGAUGAUGGAAGCUCUGAAGUCAUUUACUUGCAGCAGCCUUUCAAAUACUUUGGACGCGUAUACAAUCAGAUCUAUGUGAACAACAAUGGUCACUUGACAUUUACUCAACCACUAUCUGCCUACAUCCCUUAUCUGAACACUGGAAUAGACAUCAUUGCUCCUCUAUGGACUGACCUUAACAAUGUAAAUGGUGGAACAAUCUCCUAUAGAGAGGAUACAAGCAGUGCUGUACUGGCACAAGUCACUGAAGCUGUUCACCAAUAUUUCCCUAACGUGCCUUUUACCGCUUCAUCAGCCUUUGUGGCUACCUGGGAAAGUGUGCCGUACUACACGGGUGGAGGGUCGGUCACGUUCCAAGUGGUUUUAGCCUCCAAUGGGGAACGGUCUUUCAUCCUGAUCAACUAUGGUGAUAUUGCAGAAACAGGACAAAUUUGGCUGGCUGGUUAUGACACAGUGGACUCUGUCAAUUCUUUCACAAUUCCAGUGGCCAGUGCCCCAGAACUCUCAUCCAGCAGUAAUAUCAAUGUGGAAGGUCGCUGGUCUUUCCAUGUUGAUAGAUCGGCAUACUCUAAUUUCCUGCCGUUUGGGGAUGGAGACGUAGUAAACCCCAUUUCGGAUGAUGGAAGCUCUGAAGCCAUUUACUUGCAGCAGCCUUUCAAAUACUUUGGACGCGUAUACAAUCAGAUCUAUGUGAACAACAAUGGUCACUUGACGUUUACUCAACCACUAUCUGCCUACGUCCCUUAUCUGAACGCUGGAAUAGACAUCAUUGCUCCUCUAUGGACUGACCUUUACAAUGUAAAUGGUGGAACAAUCUCCUAUAGAGAGGAUUCAAGCAGUGCUGUACUGGCACAAGUCACUGAAGCUGUUCACCAAUAUUUCCCUAACGUGCCUUUUACCGCUUCAUCAGCCUUUGUGGCUACCUGGGACCGUGUCCCGUACAUCACUGGUGGAGGGUCGGUCACUUUCCAAGUGGUUUUAGCCUCCAAUGGUGAUCGCUCUUUCAUCCUGAUCAACUAUGGUGAUAUUGCAGAAACAGGACAAGUUUGGCUGGCUGGUUAUGACACAGUGGACUCUGUCACUUCUUUCACAAUUCCAGCGGCCAGUGCCCCAGAACUCUCAUCCAGCAGUAAUAUCAAUGUGGAUGGUCGCUGGUCUUUCCGCGUUGAUAGAUCGGCAUACUCUAAUUUCCUGCCGUUUGGGGAUGGAGACGUAGUAAACCCCAUUUCGGAUGAUGGAAGCUCUGAAGCCAUUUACUUGCAGCAGCCUUUCAAAUACUUUGGACGUGUAUACAAUCAGAUCUAUGUGAACAACAAUGGUCACUUGACGUUUACUCAACCACUAUCUGCCUACGUCCCUUAUCUGAACGCUGGAAUAGACAUCAUUGCUCCUCUAUGGACUGACCUUUACAAUGUAAAUGGUGGAACAAUCUCCUAUAGAGAGGAUUCAAGCAGUGCUGUACUGGCACAAGUCACUGAAGCUGUUCACCAAUAUUUCCCUAACGUGCCUUUUACCGCUUCAUCAGCCUUUGUGGCUACCUGGGACCGUGUCCCGUACAUCACUGGUGGAGGGUCGGUCACUUUCCAAGUGGUUUUAGCCUCCAAUGGUGAUCGCUCUUUCAUCCUGAUCAACUAUGGUGAUAUUGCAGAAACAGGACAAGUUUGGCUAGCUGGCUUUGACACAGUGAACUCUUCACACUCGUUUGCC